GGGAACAGCAGCUUCUGCCUUGAAAAUGAGCAGAGCCUGCUUGGACCUGAACCAGGGAUGAGAUUUUUAUAACACAGUAUUGUCUGCAUCUCCAUACGAAGUCAAAAGCAUCAGAAAUUAGUCUUUUGGUCUAAACUGCUUGAGUGGACUGAUCCAAACAUAUUCCGAGCAAAAUCCUGAAGCACUGCUGAGGGGAGUUACAGUCACAGACAUCGGUGGCUGGCCUGACUUUACCAUGGAACCUGAGGAUUUUGAGUCUGAGGACAAAGACAUAUUAAACUGGGAUAUCAAUGAUGUGAAACUGCCACAGGAUGUGAAAAAGAUAGACUGGUUCCAGGAAUGGCCGGAUUCCUAUGAGAAGUACAUCUACAGCUCGGAGGACAGGAGCGCACAGAGGCACCUGAGCAGCUGGGCCAUGCGCAACACCAACAACCACAACUCGCGCAUCCUCAAGAAGUCCUGCCUGGGAGUGGUGGUGUGCAGCCGCGACUGCUCCGCCAAGGAGGGCCGCAAGAUCUACCUGAGGCCCGCCAUCUGCGACAAAGCCCGGCAGAAGCAGCAGAGGAAAUGCUGUCCCAACUGCGACGGGCCCCUGAAGCUCAUUCCUUGCCGAGGCCACGGGGGCUUCCCGGUCACCAACUUCUGGAGGCACGAAGGACGCUUCAUAUUUUUCCAGUCAAAGGGAGAACACGAUCAUCCAAAGCCAGAAACCAAAUUGGAAGCCGAGGCAAGAAGAACAAUAAAGAAAGCGCAUGGGGCAUCUUCCUCCAUCUCCUUAAAGCUGAACAGGGGCCCGGAGGCAAAGUCUGUUCCAGGUGAAGCACCAAGUUGGGGGAAUUUAAACUGGUCUUUCCAGGAAAGCCUCCACCUGCCUGGCGGUGACGGUGGGCCUUUGGCGGCUGGCAUCCCCCAGCAGAAGUCACCGAGCGAGUGCUUUCUUAAGAGCUACGGUUUGGGGGGAGCCUCGGACCUGGCAGACCCCACUUCUACCGUGGGCCCCGCUGAGCUCUAUGAGAAAUGCAAGGUGUCCAGCGCUCGGAUCUAUGGUGGCGGGGACCUGCUUCAGCCUCCUGUCGCUGGGGUCCUCUCUGAUUACAGUGAUCUGCAAACCUGGAAUAAAAAUGCUGCUUUGGGGAGAAACCCUCUUAACGACAACGGGUGUCCCAGCUACGCCUUUCCUCAGGCCGGCUGGCCGUAUGACUUCUCCCCUCCCCCGAACGCUUUAGAUCCCCUUUCCCAGCAGAUCCCAGUGGAACCACCUUCAGCCAAAGCCGGCUGUCUCCCGUUAUGGCCAACUCCCGGGGCGGAUCUUUAUGAAGAGAAGGUGCACGUGGAUUUUAACGGCUACUACCCUCCCGCCACGUGCCAUUCGCCACAGGAAGACCCCUUUCUCUUUGCCUAUACCUCUUACCCUCACCAUCAGUAUUCACUGCCAGGCAAGAGCGGCAAAUGGAAUUUUGAUGAAGAGAUGAGGUACAUGAGUUUGGAUCACUACAACAAUGAAAUGCUUCUCAACCUCUGUCCCUUAAGAUGAGCCCCGUCUCAACCCUUGUGCUCGGUUCGUAGGUAUGUAACCUGGUGCAGUCACUAUGGAGAAACAGUGUGAAGGUUCCUAAUAAAAUGAAAGUGACCACGUGGUCCAGCAAUCCACGUCUGGAUAUAUGCACGUCCCAAGGAAACGGAAUCACUGUCUGAGAAGCGACGUCAGGCACCCCACGUUCAUCGCACCAUUCUUUACAACAGGCAACAUGUGGAAACUACCUAACGUCCACUGAUGGAUGAGUGGAUAAAGAAGUUGUGGUACACACAUAAACAAUGGAACCCUACUUAGCCAUAAAAUAGAAGGGAAUCCUGCCAUUUGCUACACUAUAGAUGGACUGUAAGGGCAUGAUGCUACAUGAAAUAAGUCAGACAAGAGAAAGACAAAUACUAUAUAAUUUCACUACAUGUGGAAACAAAAAAAAAGAAAAACCAAACUCUAGAAACAGAGGACAGAUUUGUGGUUUCCAGAGGCAGAAGGUAGGGGGAGGAGUUGGAUAAUGGGGUAAAUGUAAAUUUAUCUUCUGGAUAAAAAAAAAAAGUCUAUAAUCAGAUCAUGUUUUAAAAAUCUUGUUUUCCAGUUAUUAUGCCCUAUCUAAUCCAUGGCCACAAAGAUUUCCCCCUAUAUUUUCUUCUAGCAGCUUUGUAUUUUCAGCUCUUACAUUUAGGUAAGCGUUUCAUGUCUAGCUGAUUUUUGUGUAUGGUAUAAGGUAACCAGGGUUGAAUUUCAUUUUAGUUUUGCACGUGGAAAUGAAAUUGUCUCAGCACCAUUUGUUGAAGCACAAGUUUUUAUCACAAUCGCUGGUUAAAUGACUAUCCAGGAUUGUUCUUUUUAUGACUGCUCACAGGUAGGCUAUUUGGUAUACUAUAAUUCCAUUUUCUUUUUUAGACAACAGUUUCUUUCUCCUGGAGCUGAUAAUUAUCUCAUCUUAUUGUUUAAUUUCCUUUAUAACCAACAAUAGUUUAUCCUUAAAUACUAUCCAACCAUAAAAGUACUUUUCUUUAUAGUAAUUCAUAUUUUCCUUAAAGAAACAAAUGUGGACAGAUUGCUCUCUAAUCCUGCUGCUCUGCAGUCAUGCUGUUUCUCUUCACCAUCAUUGCUGGACCUUCUUUCCUCUCCUUUCUCUGGCAUUCCAUAUCUUUUUUCCUUCUUGGUACAUUCCCUAGUUAUUUAAAAAAAAAAUAUAUAUAUAUAUAUAUAUAUGUUUUUAUUGAUUUUUAGAGAGAGAAGAAGGAAGA